AUGUUUCACCCGACCAAGCAUCAUUGCAACAAUAUCGCCUGUGUCUAUCUUGAGGUCUACAAUGGCGGCGGUGUGCUUGAACCUGGAACGGGAGGCUCUCUGAGGGCAAAUCUUGUCGUGAAUUAUCUAAAUGCUUGCGAUAGUAAGAUCGAUAUAGUGGGAUGACUUUAAUCUCCGUCAAAUUCCUUGCUUGCGAACGUCUUUAGAAUGAAGCUUGUCCUACAGCGAGGUGUCCAAGCAAAAUGUCAUUGCAUGCGAACAUGGGCAAGACAUAAGCGAAGUACGUCUGUAGCAUAAAUAUCGAAUCCACGUUCACCAUGGUAAGAAGCAACCACCCGCAAUGACCUCGAACAACAGCCCCGGCAGCGACCAUGCUAUCUCACAAGCGUCCGUUGACGUCUACUUGAGGUUUCUUCUUGGAUCCACGUUGUGGUACUUCACAGAGCGUUCCAUCCACGUAUUUCUCAAGCGAUUUUAUCCAGAGGCAUAUCAGCACAUAGUCACCCAUAGCAAGAUCGUGGUCUUCGUGGCGUUGUGUAUGGCGAGUAUAGUCACCACGAUAACGGCACCGAUCUGCUUGACGGCAUUUCUGACAUCCUCCGGGCCUCUAAACUUCGCGUCCCCAGGUGCGGCGGAGUACUGCUUGGGUAGUCGUGGGCUAUUAUGGACGCAGGAGCUCUUCCGUCUUGGGAACAGUAGUGAGGUGCUCAAGCAUCAUACGCUCGCACUGCUCUCAUUAGGUUACGUGUUGAAGAACAAAAUCCCUGCGAAAGGAUUAUACGGAUUGUACGCCAGCCUGAUUACAGAGGUGGGGUUUAAGGUGGUUUGGAUAUUUGGCGCUCUAGGAAACACCAUCGAGACUUCACUUUGGGCCAGAAGGAUAGAAACGAUGGCUGUGGCGCUGCUGUUGCCAGUCCGAUGGCCCACUGUCCUAGCAGCGAUGUGGGAGGUCGUGAUGAUGCCAGCGGGGGCGGCAACGUUCGCCCAGAAGGUCGUCUGUUUGGCUUCCAUAGCCGUGUAUGCGACGUAUUUCACAACAUCGUUUGUGCGGAGGGUGAAGAAACUUGGCCUGAUAUCAGGCAGCUGGUUCAAGCCUGGGUUCAUCGGAGUGGGUAGAUUGCGCAUGUCAAUCUACGGACUAUGUGUCAGCCUUGGAUUCCUUCCUUCCUUCGCAGGGGUGGUCUACCUGCAUGACCAUUUCUCAUCCCAAUCCAAGCUCGCACAAGAUCUCCUCCACUACGAUGUCCUUGGGAAUAUCCUCCUUCGCGGUACCAUUGCAUCCAUCGUCGGAUCGUGGUCAAUGGCUUUGAUAUGUGACGCAGUGUCCAAGCACGAUAGCGUCGAACUAUCCAUUUCGAGUCUGCUCUUGCGACGGUUCUAUGUCCAAGGUGCUGUCAUUGGGGGCGGGCUAGCAGUAUGGAUUAGUCCGGAAUUAGGACAACACACCAAAGUCGACUUGUUGGCCUCGAUCGCAGUCGUAUUGCCACUCUAUGAGGCGAUAGGGCGUAUAGGUUGCCACUUUGCAGGAUGCUGCCAUGGGAUCCUUUGGUCGAAUUUCGAGAAUACACAUCCACGAAUCGCCCGAAUCAUCAAGCCCUACACGCCCACGGUGACCUACAUAGCCGCUGACAAUACUGCGACUCGAAAAACACCCCUGCUGAAGGGUCAAUCGCUGAUCGCCGUGCAGUUGGCUAUGGCCAUAGCAUAUGCCGCAUCUGCAGUCAUCGUUAUGGUUUUGCUGGGCAGCCACGUCGUUGGACUGGUUGAGGCCGGAACCAUAUCUAUGCUGCUACAUGGAAGCGUGCGCAUUUUGGCGGAAUGUGUGCGAGGAGACGAUCGCGCGUUGAUGUCUACGAGGAUAGCAGGUGGAGGAAAGGGGCACCCGAAGGGGAUUACCGUCUCCCUGCCCAUGCUCUUUAGCCUCAUGGAGGUGGGGCUUGCAACAGCAUUGCUGCUAAGUGGAUGUGAAAUGAAGGGAGGGGAAGAAGCAACUGUUAGCGUCAUUUUCGCAAACAAACCCGAGGGACUUGGUUUUUUGGUCAAUGUGGCCCUGUCCAUCGUCAGUUUAUGCAUCUGCUACGGAUUGAGCUAUUCAUCACCUUGAUUCUGUCCGUUGAGGACGUAAGAUACCUAUUAUAUACACCGCAUCUAAUGCGCCUCGGCUUGUCAUUUAAUUUUACGAUACAAUUAAUUUCAGGAUACAAAACUUGACAU